ACUAAAAAAAUCUUCUGCGCAUGCGUUGUCCUAUCGUCAUCGUUUGAGAUCUCAACUAACAGGACGAAGAUGAGGGCUCUCUGUAUAUUUGCUUUGGUUGCUGUGGUUGGUCUGGUAGCAGGAGAGGAAGGGGCUCGACUUUUGGCCUCCAAAUCUCUGCUGAACCGUUACGCUGUUGAGGGACGAGAUCUCACCCUCCAGUACAACAUCUACAAUGUGGGCACCAGCGCUGCUUUGGAGGUCGAGCUGUCUGAUGACUCCUUCCCUCCUGAAGAUUUCGGCAUUGUUUCAGGAAUGCUCAAUGUGAAAUGGGAUCGCAUUGCUCCCGCCAGUAAUGUUUCUCACACAGUGGUUCUAAGGCCACUGAAAGCUGGUUACUUCAACUUCACAUCUGCUUCUGUAAGCUAUCUGGCCCAGGAAGGUGGACAGGUCGUGGUUGGUUACACAAGUGCUCCAGGUCAGGGAGGCAUUCUUGCCCAGAGAGAGUUUGACAGACGCUUUUCUCCACAUUACUUGGACUGGGCUGCUUUUGGUGUUAUGACCUUACCAUCUAUUGGCAUUCCUCUGCUUCUCUGGUACUCCAGCAAGAGGAAGUAUGACUCUCAGUCAGACAAGCGAAAUGAGGUGUGA